CACCACGAGAGAGUACAGUAACCAUCGACUGCGCGGAUUAGCAGCACACUGUUGCUGUUGACGGGAGCGUUUUCUCUCACUAAAUUCUAAGAAAUUACAAACAAAUCUAUUGUUUCCGCGGUGUGACGCAAGACUCCACGAACUCACAACAAUGUCGAAGCUGCUUUAAAGCCGACGGAGGGAAAUGACCUGCCAGCGGGCAAAGCUGCGGCUGAGAUUUCUGGGGGAACCGAAGCGCACCGCAACGUCUGCGCUGCUCUGACGGAGACGGCGCGAGCUGCAGCCGACUGAAGUUUCCUCGACAACAAAGGAGCAACGUUUCAACUUUUUUUCAACUAUUUAUUCGACGCCGCAGCGCAACUAAAGAGUCGGAGGGGGUUUAAAAUGCAAGGCGAGCGCGUUUGGUUUGUUUGCGUUGGAAAAGGCUAUGGAUCCCAGGGAAGCGCCGUCUGAAUAGCGCUGGUCGAGACUGUCUUGUGUGUCAACCACCCACCCACACCGCGUCCAGCCAACGAGCCCUCUAAAUGUAAAGGAUCCCUCGGUUUUAAGCUGCCAUGGAUUUCCUUCCCCGGCCUUGCGGCGAAAUUCAGAGGAAGAACCCCCAACACGACUUCGAGCUCAUCCAGAGGGUGGGAAGCGGGACAUACGGAGACGUCUACAAGGCUCGAAAUAUUCAAACAGGAGAGCUCGCUGCUGUGAAGAUCAUAAAGUUGGAACAAGGAGAUGAUUUUGCCGUCAUUCAGCAGGAAAUCUUCAUGGUGAAGGAAUGCACGCACCACAACAUUGUGGCCUACUUCGGGAGCUACCUCUGUCGAGAAAAGCUUUGGAUAUGUAUGGAAUACUGCGGUGGAGGAUCCCUGCAGGAUAUUUACCACGUUACAGGACCGCUGUCUGAGCUGCAGAUUGCAUACGUCUGCAGAGAGACCUUACAGGGUUUGAAAUAUCUGCACAGCAAAGGCAAGAUGCACCGUGAUAUCAAGGGUGCCAACAUACUCUUGACAGACAAUGGAGAUGUGAAGCUAGCUGACUUUGGAGUUGCCGCCAAGAUAACAGCUACCAUCGCAAAAAGAAAGUCCUUCAUUGGAACACCCUAUUGGAUGGCUCCUGAGGUAGCAGCAGUAGAGAAGAACGGAGGCUACAACCAGCUGUGCGACAUCUGGGCUGUUGGCAUCACAUCCAUCGAGCUGGCUGAGCUGCAGCCUCCAAUGUUUGACCUGCAUCCGAUGAGGGCCUUGUUUUUGAUGUCCAAGAGCAGUUUCCAGCCUCCUAAGCUAAAGGACAAAACCAAAUGGAGUGCUGCUUUUCAAAACUUUGUUAAAGUGUCUCUCACAAAAAACCCAAAGAAGCGGCCCGCUGCAGAGAAACUCUUACUGCAUGUAUUUGUGGCUCAGACUGGGUUAACGAGGAGACUUGGAGUUGAUCUCCUCGAUCAGGUGAACAACCCAGACACCCUUCGGAGUUACCGCGAAAUUGACGAUGAUGACCUUGAGCCUCUCACCGGAGGCCGACACACCAUCCUUCCCUCCAAACAACACCCCAAAGUUGAGAGGACGCCCUCUGAGAUUAACUCAAACAAUGGGACAGGCCUCGAACAUCCAAUCUCAAGUCCUAGUGACUGUGAGGGACACAGGGAGGAUGCAGUUGACAAGGUCCAAUUUCAGGCGCCUCUUCUCCCAAAAGAAACUGAAGCUCAUUCUGAAAUGGAUGUGAAUAAAGACCAUGACUUCCCUUCCCCAUGGAGCCCUUAUGCAGAUGGAGGAACAAGCAGGAGCCUUCUCAAAAGCGUUGAGGAUGAAUUGUUCCAACGUGGACACGUCGCCCAUCUGGAUGAUGCCUCUGAAGGGGUCGAGCUGUCGACGCUUAAACCAGGUGUACCUCCUCCUCUGCCCCCAAAGCCACGAAUAAACAGCACAUCAGAGGAGAUUGGGCUGAACGAGGAGAGGUCUCUGACAGUUCGCAGGUUCCCGAACUCGGAAAAUGGACCGAGCCAGGCCGCCCGCAGGCAGAGCACGCCCGACGAGGGCAACAAGGUGGAGCAUUCAUCAUUUGACUUCCUGUCAGCUAGCGUCAGCAGCCCCGGCUUCUUAUCGCACGCCUCUGAUCCUGCUCCAAUAAAAUGUGGCUCUAAAGAAAAUGAUUCAGAUGGAGAUGUGAAUGGAGGCCGUUCUACACCAACAUCACAGCACCGGAAGGACAGAAAGGAGUUCCCCAAACCAGCAAUAAACGGUCUGCCGCCCACUCCUAAAGUACAUAUGGGAGCCUGUUUCUCUAAGGUGUUUGAUGGCUGUCCGUUAAAUAUCAACUGUGCCACGUCAUGGAUUCAUCCAGACACCAAAGAUCAGUACCUAAUCUUUGGAACGGAGGAUGGCAUCUAUACAUUAAAUCUUAAUGAGCUGCACGAGUCAGCAAUGGAGCAGAUUUUCCCCAGGAAGUGUACAUGGCUGUACAUUAUCAACAACAUUCUGAUGUCUUUGUCUGAAGGAAAAUCUUUCCAGCUCUACUCUCACAAUCUGAUCGGGCUGUUCGAGCAGCUGAGGAAGCCCGGCCUCGCAGCUCAGUUUCAGACGCAUCGCUUCCCAGACAAGAUCUUGCCGAGGCGCUUUGCUCUGACCACCAAGAUCCCUGACACAAAGGGCUGUCACAAAUGCUGCAUUGUGAGAAACCCAUAUACAGGCCACAAGUACUUGUGCGGGGCUCUUCAGUCUGGCAUUGUCCUUCUGCAGUGGUAUGAGCCCAUGCAGAGGUUUAUGCUCAUCAAGCACUUUGACUUCCCUCUUCCCAGCCCGCUCAAGGUGUUUGAAAUGCUGGUGGUCCCAGAGCAGGAGUAUCCUCUGGUGUGUGUCGCCAUCAGCGAGGGUACCGAGCAGGGCCAGGUGGUCCGCUUUGAGACGAUCAACCUCAACUCCUGUUCCUCCUGGUUCACAGAGAUGGGAACAAAUAAUCAGCAAGUGGAUGCAAUCCAUGUCACGCAGCUGGAAAGAGACACAGUGUUGGUGUGUUUAGACAAAAAUGUAAAGAUCGUUAACCUUCAGGGCAAACUAAAGCCCAACAAGAAACUGGCUUCUGAGCUCAGCUUUGACUUCUGCAUCGGAUCUAUUGUGUGCCUUCAGGACAGCGUCCUGGCCUUCUGGAAGCACGGCAUGCAGGGAAAGAGCUUCAAGUCCAAUGAGGUGACUCAGGAGAUUUCUGAUCCAAGCAGAGUCUUCCGCCUCCUGGGAUCUGACAGGGUGGUGGUCCUGGAGAGCCGGCCCACCGACAACCCCUCGGCUCAGAGCAACCUUUACAUUCUGGCGGGUCACGAGAACAGCUACUGAUCCUCAGGAAGGAAGAAGGGAGCAGGAGUCCACAGUUUUUGGGAGAUUUAGACCUUUGUCUGAACUUUAAGGGAAAUGCUUACUGGGAGUGUCUGUUGAUAAACUGAUCCCGCUGCUUGCUAACAGAGGAGCGUCUUCAGUGUGGAUUCAUGAGUAGCCUUACAUCAGCAGGACGUUCGCUGUAGCACAUCUGAAGACGUGUAACGGGGAAAGGGCUUCGAGCUGGAAGGGGACAAACCAACGAAGCUCAGACACGCACCCCGUUACAGUACCUAACAGUUUUCUCACUUUUCCGUACUGUGAACAAACGGUCUAGAGGUAUUACUGACAAAAGUGCCAUUAAAAUUCACACACAUUGUGAUUGUAUUAGAAAACAGAGGGAGAUCAAAUCGUUUUUUUGUGUCUAACAUGUUAUAAUCAUUGCUAGCGAUCUCGCCGGGAAGGUUCGGGCGGACGUUUUUACAAACUUUGUAGUCAAAGCUAAUAGAUCAGUUUAAAAAGAAACCCUUGAGCCUUGCGGGUUAUUUAAGCAAUAUUUAUUAACCUCGUCGUCGUUCAUUGGGAAUGUUGGGUUUCUAGGCUGUCAGAGUUAGACGCCGCGUCAGGAUCAGCUACCUAGAGAACAGUUCCUGAUUAGCUGUGGGUUAUUUUUACUGAUGUGUAAUAGUUGCAUUUUCUGCUCUGCCGCAUCUUUUUUUUUUUUUUUUUUUGAACUUGGAUGAAAUGUAAAAAAUUUUUCCCCCUUCACUCUUAUUUUAUAGAUCUUUUACUUCUUUUUACUUGCACCAUUUAAGCACUUUUGUACAUUUUUUUUUAAUUUAAAAUAAAAUGACAAACUGAGGGACAGUGCUAGGUUUUGUUAACAUCUCUGCAUUCCCUUUGCGAAAUGUUUAAUAUGUACUUUUUGUAAUAAAAAAGCUUUUAACAUGGUAA